AUGGAGAAGAUUGCACAAAACGCAUGUUUGUGUAGAUGUGCUAUUGUGAAUUUCACCGUAGGUGCUUUCAUUUGUCAUUUUUUUUCAACAGUUUUGGCCAUUCAAAAAGCCUAUCGCCAGAAUGCAGGUGGCGUCCACUUUGAGGAACAACAAUGGCGAGCGAGAAUCGAUAUCGCUUCUUCAAAUUUUGAGGAAAAUGGAACAUUGCUAGUUGUGUUUGUGUACAAGGAUCUGCAUGACCUACUUCUGACAGAUCAAGCCAUCAGGAGUGAAACAGACAACCAAAGGUAUGUCAACUCCAGGAUAAUAGCCGUAACUAUGGACCCCAAGCCAGAGACAUUGCGAGAAAAUGUCAUCCUAAAGUUCAAAAACCUAAAGUAUUCAUAG